AUGGAUGCGUAUCGGCUUUGCCCUCCACCACCACAGACUUCCCGGAUCCCAUUCCACCACCUUCCUUCCUUCCUGCCAAGUCCAGUCCACCCCCCUCCUUCCUCCUCCCUCCACCUUUCCUUAUCCUUCCUUCCUCCCUUUCCAGUUCCUCCCUCCCCACCACCCCAUGUUUCCUCCUCCCUCCCAUUCCCCACUGUUCCAACUUCCCCCCAGUCUUAUCCCCAGGCCAAUCAGGAAUGGGGCACUUCGAAUUGGGGUCACCACCAGGCUUGGAAUUAUCCCGCCCAUAAUAAUGAAGAAGAUUGGGCUGCCAGGGCUAGAGCUUGGGCAGAUGCUAAAACUGCAAUGGAGAAUCAGCAUACACAAUCUCUGUUUCCUCCAGUUGGCCGGCUGGAAGAUCAAAGUCAUUAUUAUGAUCAGUAUCCACAGUCUGUUGAUGCUCAUUACCCAGAUAUUCAAGAUCAGUCUCUUCCUGCAUCAAGCUACCAACAGUUUCCAGUUUCAGGCGCACCUCUGCACCGGCCAUCGGUAGUUCAACCCCAGGAGACUUCAUCUUUAUGCUCCGAACCAUCUUCUUUUGUUCCGGAUGCGCAUCUAACUUACAAUGCCAGAGAUGGGACAUUUGGAGAUUCAAGUGCUGUAUUUCAUCAAGGAAAUAUGCUCCCAAGUUCAUCUGUUCAUCAGCAGGAGGUACCUUCUAGUUAUUCUUCUGUUACAGGUAAAGAAGAUACCGCAGGUCAAAAUGAGCAGUCAUACAAACUGUUGCCUCUGUCAAAUUCCUCAGCUCAGGAGGGACAGCACCACAUGCAACCAUCGCAUCCUGCAGCCUUCACAUAUGGCAAACCGUCAGCUGAUUCCACAACCAAUCUUGCUGAUCUGCCUUUAGAUUUUGCACCUGGAUUUAAUCGUCACGAUUCACAUAUGCAUUCCAGUUAUGCUCAUCAUGAUUCAGUCGGACAUGUAAGAGGCAUUGACCCUGUUGCAGCAGUGCACUCAAUGAAUAAUUGGACUCCCCCUGUUGCACCUGGUUUGGUUUAUCCUUCAAUUUCUUCUGAUAUUUCAUCAGGGGCACAGCAUGAUCCUUCCAUGGCCAUACAUUCUUCUGUUCCUGGACAUGCUGCACCACCAUAUGGAAGGUUCCCUGGACUGGGCCAGGCCACGAUUCCAUCUGGUGGUGCACCUUUUGCUCUUGGUGCAGGAACUACACUUCAUCCUACUGCAGCCUUCUCUGGUGAUGCAUUUGGAAUUUCUUCUGCUUCUGAACGCCCUAAAAAGGCUUCAGUGCCUAAUUGGCUUAAAGAGGAAAUAAAGAAAGCAGUCAUUACAAGUUCUUCUGUAGACCAUCCCAAGGAGGAAACACAAUCCAUUGAGGAUGAAGGUAUCGAUAAAUCUUUCGGGAAGUCUGACCAGGCAGACAACAAAAGUAUUGAUUCUUCUAGGUCAACUGAAGAGGAGGAUGAUGAUGAGGAUUAUGUUGAAGCAGCUAGAACUGCAGCAGUCAACCAGGAAAUAAAACGUGUGCUAACUGAAGUUCUUUUAAAGGUUACUGAUGAGCUGUUUGAUGAAAUUGCAACUAAAGUUCUCAGUGAAGAUGAUCUAACCGUUGAGGUUGACCAGAAGACCAUCGCUUCCAAUCAUAAGGAAGCACCAUCAUCUCACCCAGUAGUUCUAGCUCCUAAGGCAUCUGCAAAAGUUCUAAUUCCCACCCUGGCAACAAAGGAUUCUGACACUAAAAGUGACACUGAAAAAUCUAGUUCCCACUCCCCUGGAGAUAUUUUAGGUCUUGCAAAUUAUGCUUCUGAUGAUGAUAAUGGAGAUGAUGAAAUCCGGAACUCCAGUCUGUCAAAUUCCAAUCAGCAGUCGAGCAUUAAAAAGCUUUCAGAAGAUACACAUGAUGCAGCUGAGAAUGGAAUCUCCAAAGUAGAACUUCAAAAGGACAGUAGAAGUGAGAAAAACAUGGAGAGUGGCGUGGGCAAAACCAGUUCAAUUGAAUCCAAAAAUAAUAAUGAUGCUACUAUUAGUGAGUUGAAUGAUAAUAGGGUGGAUAGGGAUCUGGGCCAUUCAUAUUCUUCCAAGUUGGUCUCUGAAGAUAGUGAUGAUGGAAUUACUGUUAGUGGAAAAAUGCUAGAUGGAACCCAUGCCUCUAGAUCGAAGAACAAUGUGGGAAUAAUGGAAUCUGAACUGCCUGGAGAGUAUGCCACUGUCAAGAAAACAUCAAGCAAUGAUCCUCACCAUAGUGAAACCAGAAUGAAGUUAGAUAAAAAUGAUCGACAUGAAAGUAAAAAGAGUUCUGGGAAAGACUUUGUUAGGGAAGGAGACAGUAACAAGAUUCGGGCAGAUGAGAAUGGAGAUGAGAAACGUAGGAGACGAGAUGAAAGGCAUCCAAGAAAGGAAAAAGGAGAUGAUUGGAAUGGGUCAAAGGAGAGAAUGAAAGAGCAAAAUUUUGAGCCUAGGGUAAAAGAAAAGCAAUCUGAGUCAAGAAGAAGUUCUGACCACCUUGAUGUCAAGGAAGACAGAAAAGAAACAGAGAGAUUCCAUAGAGCUAGGGCUAAAGAAGAUACCAGCAGAAAACGAGAACACAGAAAGGAUGAGGAGGAAGAUACAUCAAGACAUAAAAUCGCAAGUGAAUCUAGCAGGCAUAAAAAAAGACGCUCUUCUUCCAUUAGCAGUAAGGGUAGAAACAGCAAAGACACCUCGGUUAGUCAUGCCAAUGAUUCAAGUGAUGAAGCCUCAGAUGAUUCUAAAAGGAAACUGCAAUCAAGGAAACGUAACUCAUCACCAUCACCUGUCAGGUCUAGGAGAAGACAAAUUUCGCGGUCCCCACAUAGCAAGCAAUCUCAGCGCAAGCAUUCUCCCUACUCUUCUCUUGAUACCACUAGGGGAAGAAGGUCAAGAUCCAGAUCACCUGCAUCUCAAGUUGGACUAUGGUCAAUUUGGCUAUCUGGGUUUGUGUUAAUUAGUCUCUCUCUCUAUGCUACUCAGAGGUUGCCUUCCCUCAGGGAUCGGAUCAAAGUGCCCAAACUUAAUUACAGACCUCUUGGCGAUCUGGGCAAUCCGAGAAUUACCAUAUUCUCAGCGCCUAGCCCAUUUAAUGGCUCUGCUGGGGCUAGGCAGAGUCUAGCCGUUCGGUCAUGGCUUGCCCUGUCCCCGCAAAUCACCGUUGUUCUCUUCAGCCAAGACCCUUCUGUUGUUUCUUUCGCGGAUGCUUUCGGUUCGCGGGUUUUGGUUGAGCCCAACAUUGAUUUCACGUUUCUUGGCACCCCAUUCUUCCAUUCCAUGAUAGCAAGAUCAAAUUCAUUCACCUCGGACAUCUUUGUUCUUAUCGAUCCUGAGACCAUUCUUCUGCAUGACUUUAUUUCCACCCUAAACUACGCUUAUGAACUUGACCAUGAUUGGCUACUUGUUUCUUCUUCACGAAAUAUUUCCCACUUCCCGUUCUACUUGGAAGAGGAUGGGAAACAUUGGCGAAAGGGAAAUGGCAAAUGGGUGAGAACCCAGGAGUUGCAGGAGAUACUUUCUCAAAGUUGGCGGUGGAAUCGCUGUGAGGGGAGAAUGCUUAUGGCAUGGAACAGUGGGGAUUUGCCUUUACAUACUGGAGUUCUUCCUCCUUUCUUGUAUGGUAAGGGGAUCCACAACAAUUGGGUCAUUAACGAGGCCAUGUCAUCUGAAUUCAGGUUUGUGUUUGAUGCUAGUUGGACCAUCUCAAGUUUCCAUCUAAAUGAUCAGGAGCAUUGGUCUAAUGGAAUAGUAGGAGAUUCCAGAGUUUCAGACAUAGAAAAGAGAAGCUGGGAGUAUGUUGGCAAUUGCUAUAUUGGGAAACUGUAUGGAUCAUUGUUUUAUCGUGAAGCUAAUUAUUCUAGCGUGGUAAAGCUUUUGAAGUGUGAGGGACAAUAUACGUUCAUCAAUACAACUGAAAACAUUGUUUAUCCGUAUGGAUACCAAAGUGCAUUCAGCUUAUGGAAGAAAAGGAUCUUACAUCCCUGGAGGCGAAGGAGGAUCAUGGCUUGUGUUGAAGGCAUUAAAUCACUGGACAGAACACUAGAUUGCUCUCUGAAGGAUCAUAUGAAGUUCUCAGAACCAUUAGAUUUUUCAUUCUCCUUGGAGUCACUCCUUCCUUUAAUUGCAGACAAGAAUAAGACAAUUGUGCUUGCAGUUGCUGGAUAUAGUUACAAGGACAUGCUAAUGAGUUGGGCAUGCAGAUUACGCCGCCUCCUGAUUAAAAAUUUUAUGAUUUGUGCUCUUGACCAGGAAACCUAUUGGUUCUCUAUCUUGCAGGGCCUGCCUGUUUUCAAGGAUCCAUUAGCUCCAAGUAACAUCAGCUUCAAUGACUGCCACUUUGGAACAAAAUGCUUUCAGAGGGUCACCAAAGUAAAGUCUAGAAUGGUUUUGAAGAUACUGAAGCUUGGUUACAAUGUACUGCUAAGUGAUGUGGAUGUUUAUUGGUUUGAAAAUCCGUUGCCAUUGCUUUACUCUUUUGGCCCUGCUGUCCUCGUGGCGCAGUCUGAUGAAUACAAGAAGACAGGACCAAUAAACAUGCCUAGGCGCUUAAACUCUGGUUUUUACUUUGCUCAUUCUGAUGAUUCAACAAUUGCUGCCAUGGAGAAGGUGGUGAAGCAUGCAGCAACUUCAGGCCUAUCUGAGCAGCCAAGCUUCUAUGACACGUUAUGUGGGGAAGGUGGGUCCAAUCGCGUGGGUGAUAAGACGUGUGUGGAACCUGAGACGAAUCUGACCGUUUAUUUCAUGGACAGAAACCUCUUCCCAAAUGGUGCUUACCUAGACCUGUGGCAGAAGAAAAAUGUUAAAGCUGCCUGCUUGAAGAGGGGUUGUCUCGUUCUCCACAACAAUUGGAUUAGUGGGAGACUGAAGAAGCUGGAACGUCAGGUAUUUUCAGGCUUAUGGGACUAUGAUUCUAGUACAAGGAUGUGCUUACAAAGUUACAAAGCUGGCACCAGUUGAUGCUUUAUCAUCCUUUAUUCAAGGCUCACUUUGUUUUUCACUUCCAAGAAGAGAAAGGAGACAUAAGAUGAAGCCGUUCCUUCUCCCAUGUUAUG